AUGGCCGCCUUCGGGCUUCUCAGCUAUGAGCAGAGACCGCUGAAGCGCCCCCGGCUCGGGCCGCCCGACGUCUACCCACAGGACCCCAAGCAGAAGGAGGAUGAACUUACGGCUGUGAGUGUAAAACAAGGCUUCAGCAAUCAGCCAGCCUUCACUGGGGACGAACACGGCUCAGCCAGAAAUGUUGUAAUUAACCCGUCAAAGAUUGGAGCUUAUUUUAGCAGCAUAUUAGCUGAGAAACUAAAGCUUAACACUUUCCAGGACACUGGCAAGAAGAAACCACAAGUGAAUGCUAAAGAUAAUUAUUGGCUGGUUACUGCUCGAUCCCAGAGUGCAAUUCAUAGUUGGUUCUCUGAUUUAGCAGGGAAUAAACCACUUGCUAUUUUGGCAAAAAAGGUUCCCAUCCUUAGUAAAAAAGAGGAUGUUUUUGCAUAUUUAGCUAAAUAUUCAGUGCCAAUGGUUCGAGCAACAUGGCUGAUCAAGAUGACUUGUGCCUAUUAUUCUGCUAUUUCUGAAGCUAAAAUUAAGAAACGUCAGGCUCCUGAUCCCAAUUUGGAGUGGACACAAAUAUCUACGAGAUACCUUCGAGAGCAGUUGGCCAAGAUUUCUGACUUUUACCACAUGGCCUGCAGCACAGGGGAUGGCCCUGUCCCUGUGCCACCGGAGGUGGAGCAAGCCAUGAAGCAAUGGGAGUACAAUGAGAAGCUGGCAUUUCACAUGUUCCAGGAAGGAAUGCUAGAAAAACAUGAAUAUUUGACAUGGAUCCUGGAUGUUUUAGAAAAGAUCAGACCAAUGGAUGAUGAUCUUCUUAAACUCUUGUUACCACUAAUGCUGCAGUAUUCAGAUGAGUUUGUCCAGUCGGCCUACCUGUCUCGUCGCCUUGCCUACUUCUGUGCCCGGCGUCUUUCCUUGCUGCUGAGUGAUAGUCCCAACCUCCUUGUUGCCCACUCACCACACAUGAUAAUAGGACCAAACAGCUCGAGCAUUGGGGCGCCCAGCCCUGGUCCCCCUGGCCCCGGCAUGAGCCCUGUGCAGCUGGCCUUCUCUGAUUUUCUUUCCUGUGCGCAGCAUGGUCCCCUGGUUUACGGACUUAGUUGUAUGUUGCAGACUGUCACUCUCUGUUGCCCAAGUGCCUUGGUGUGGAAUUAUUCCACAAAUGAAAAUAAGAGCGUGAACCCAGGCUCACCUCUGGAUCUGCUGCAGGUGGCUCCUUCCAGCCUCCCCAUGCCGGGUGGGAACACGGCUUUCAACCAGCAGGUUCGGGCAAGGAUUUAUGAGGUGGAACAGCAGAUAAAACAAAGAGGCCGGGCAGUGGAAGUUCGGUGGUCUUUUGACAAGUGCCAAGAGUCAACAGCAGGGGUGACUAUUAGUCGGGUUUUGCACACGUUGGAAGUUUUGGAUCGUCACUGUUUUGACCGAACUGAUUCCAGCAAUUCAAUGGAGACGCUUUAUCAUAAGAUUUUCUGGGCAAACCAGAACAAAGAUAACCAAGAGGUGGCUCCCAAUGAUGAAGCCGUGGUGACACUGCUGUGCGAGUGGGCCGUGAGCUGCAAGCGCUCAGGCAAGCAUAGGGCCAUGGCUGUGGCCAAACUGCUGGAGAAGAGGCAGGCGGAAAUCGAGGCAGAGAGAUGUGGUGAAUCAGAAGUCUUAGAUGAGAAGGAGUCUAUUUCUUCAGCCUCUCUUGCUGGAUCUAGUUUGCCUGUUUUCCAGAAUGUUCUGCUAAGGUUUUUAGAUACACAGGCCCCCUCACUGUCGGAUCCAAACAGUGAAUGUGAGAAGGUGGAAUUUGUGAACCUGGUGCUGCUCUUCUGCGAGUUCAUCCGCCACGAUGUCUUUUCCCACGAUGCAUACAUGUGUACCCUCAUAUCUCGAGGAGACUUGUCAGUCACAGCCUCCACCCGGCCACGGUCACCAGCAGGGGAAAAUGCAGAUGAACACUAUUCAAAAGACCAUGACGUGAAAAUGGAGGAACAGAGUAUUAUGGCACAUAUGGGCAUUGACUCAGGAACCACUAACAUUUUUGAUGAAGUAGACAAGAGUGACUUUAAAACUGACUUUGGUUCGGAAUUUCCAAUUUUUUCUCCCAUGCCUGGAGAGUCCUGUGAGAAUGCCAACCCUUCCUUGUGCAGAAGAAUGUCAGUUAAUGGUGAGAAGUUGGUGAAGAGGGAAAAAUCAAGGGAAUUAAUUUUUCCAUCUAAUUAUGACCUCCUUCGUCACCUGCAGUAUGCAACACAUUUUCCUAUACCUCUGGAUGAGUCUUCGAGCCACGAAUGUAACCAGCGCACAGUCCUUCUCUACGGAGUCGGCAAAGAGCGUGACGAGGCGAGGCAUCAGCUGAAGAAGAUUACCAAAGACAUCCUGAAAAUCCUGAAUAAGAAGAGUACCACAGAGACAGGGGUUGGGGAUGAAGGACAAAAAGCCAGAAAGAACAAGCAAGAAGCAUUCCCAACACUGGAGACUGUGUUCACAAAACUCCAACUCCUUUCAUACUUUGAUCAGCAUCAAGUGACAUCUCAGAUCUCUAACAAUGUGCUGGAACAAAUCACAAGCUUUGCAUCAGGAACGUCAUAUCAUCUCCCUUUGGCUCACCACAUUCAGCUUAUCUUCGAUCUCAUGGAGCCAGCUCUGAACAUCAAUGGACUAAUUGAUUUCGCAAUACAGUUACUAAAUGAACUGAGCGUUGUGGAAGCUGAACUUCUCCUAAAAUCCUCCAGCCUGGCAGGAAAUUACACAACAGGACUGUGUGUCUGCAUUGUGGCUGUUCUCAGGCGGUAUCAUAGUUGUCUGAUCCUGAAUCCUGAUCAGACAGCCCAGGUGUUUGAAGGGUUGUGUGGUGUGGUAAAGCAUGUUGUAAACCCCUCAGAAUGUUCUUCCCCUGAAAGAUGCAUCUUAGCCUACCUCUAUGAUCUCUAUGUGUCAUGUAGCCACCUCAGAAGUAAAUUUGGUGACCUCUUCAGUAGUGCCUGUUCAAAAGUAAAGCAAACCAUAUAUAAUAAUGUGAUGCCUGCAAAUUCUAACUUGCGAUGGGAUCCAGACUUCAUGAUGGAUUUUAUUGAGAAUCCUUCAGCCCGUAGCAUCAACUACUCAAUGCUGGGCAAGAUCCUCAGUGACAAUGCGGCCAAUCGCUACAGCUUUGUUUGCAACACACUCAUGAAUGUCUGCAUGGGCCAUCAGGAUGCUGGAAGGAUUAAUGACAUAGCCAACUUCUCCUCCGAGCUGACGGCUUGCUGCACUGUGCUCAGUUCAGAAUGGCUGGGGGUUCUCAAGGCUCUCUGUUGUUCUUCAAAUCAUGUGUGGGGUUUUAAUGAUGUACUUUGCACUGUAGAUGUGAGUGACCUUUCAUUCCAUGAUUCAUUAGCUACUUUCAUUGCUAUUCUGAUAGCACGACAGUGUUUUUCCCUGGAGGACGUCGUGCAGCAUGUGGCACUUCCCUCUCUCCUAGCGGCAGCUUGUGGAGAUGCGGACGCUGAGCCUGGGGCGAGAAUGACUUGCCGGCUCCUGCUUCACCUCUUCCGAGCUCCCCAGGCCUGCUUCUUACCUCAAGCAACGGGCAAACCUUUCCCUGGAAUAAGAUCAUCUUGUGAUAGGCACCUCUUAGCCGCUGCUCACAACAGCAUUGAAGUAGGAGCUGUGUUUGCUGUCUUAAAAGCAAUUAUGAUGCUUGGAGAUGCCAAAAUUGGCAAUAACAGUGUCAGCUCUUUAAAGAAUGAAGACUUCACUAUGAGAGGUUUACGACGUGAUGGGAAUGCUGAUGAUAUCUGGACUGCCUCACAAAAUUCAAAAUCCUGUGGGAAAAGCAUUUCCAUAGAAACUGCCAAUUUAAGAGAAUAUGCUAGAUACGUACUGAGAACUAUCUGUCAACAGGAAUGGGUAGGAGAACAUUGCUUAAAAGAACCUGAAAGAUUAUGUACAGACAAAGAACUCAUAUUGGACCCUGUGCUUUCAAAUAUGCAAGCGCAGAAAUUACUGCAGCUUAUCUGUUAUCCUCAUGGCAUUAAAGAAUGUACUGAGGGGGACAACCUGCAAAGACAGCACAUUAAGCGCAUUCUUCAGAAUCUUGAGCAGUGGACACUGAGACAGUCCUGGUUAGAACUUCAGUUAAUGAUCAAACAGUGCUUGAAGGACCCUGGCUCUGGUUCUGUGGCCGAAAUGAACAUCUUACUGGACAAUAUUGCAAAGGCAACAAUAGAGGUGUUCCAGCAGUCUGCUGACAUGAACAAUAACUCUGCUAACUCUGGCAUGAGCCUCUUUAACCCAAAUAGCAUGGGAAGUGCCGAUACAACUAGCACAAGACAGAAUGGAAUAAAAACAUUUCUAAGUUCAUCUGAACGCAGGGGCGUAUGGUUGGUGGCGCCCCUCAUCGCCAGGCUGCCAACUUCCGUGCAAGGAAGAGUGUUGAAGGCUGCUGGAGAAGAGUUGGAGAAAGGACAGCACUUGGGUUCUUCGUCAAAAAAGGAAAGAGACAGACAAAAACAGAAGAGUAUGUCUCUUUUGAGUCAACAACCUUUCCUCUCACUGGUACUUACCUGCCUUAAGGGACAGGAUGAACAACGGGAAGGCCUCCUAACAUCUCUGCAGAAUCAAGUUAACCAGAUUUUAAGUAACUGGAGAGAAGAACGAUACCAAGAUGACAUAAAAGCACGGCAGAUGAUGCACGAAGCCCUGCAGCUCCGCCUGAAUUUGGUAGGAGGAAUGUUUGACACGGUGCAGAGGAGCACCCAAUGGACCACAGACUGGGCCCUCCUGCUCCUCCAGAUAAUCACUUCAGGAACUGUUGACAUGCACACUAACAAUGAAUUAUUCACAACAGUUCUUGACAUGCUGGGUGUUUUAAUCAAUGGAACAUUAGCCUCUGACCUAUCAAAUGCAUCCCCAGGGGGAUCAGAAGAGAACAAACGGGCAUACAUGAAUUUAGUAAAGAAACUGAAAAAAGAGCUAGGAGACAAGCGGUCAGAAAGCAUUGACAAAGUUCGACAGUUGCUACCUUUGCCUAAACAGACGUGUGAUGUUAUCACUUGUGAACCUAUGGGUUCCUUGAUCGACACAAAGGGAAACAAAAUUGCUGGAUUUGACUCUAUAGAUAAAAAACAGGGUCUUCAGGUCUCUACGAAGCAGAAGGUGUCCCCGUGGGACUUGUUUGAGGGUCAGAAGAACCCAGCCCCUCUGUCCUGGGCCUGGUUCGGGACUGUCCGAGUGGACCGCAAAGUGAUCAAGUAUGAGGAGCAGCACCACCUCCUUUUGUAUCACACACACCCCAUGCCCAAGCCCCGAAGUUACUACCUCGAGCCACUGCCCCUGCCUCCCGAGGAGGAAGAGGAAGAGCCCUCAUCUCCAGUCUCUCAGGAACCAGAAAGGAAAUCGGCCGAGCUGUCAGAUCAGGGGAAAUCUGCAACAGAUGAGGAGAAGAAAACAAAGGGAAGGAAGCGCAAGACGAGAUCAAGCGCAAGGGUCGAUGAAUAUCCACAGAGCAACAUAUACCGAGUGCCCCCUAACUACUCGCCCAUUUCCUCCCAGAUGAUGCACCAUCCACAGUCUACCUUGUGGGGUUACAACCUCGUGGGCCAGCCCCAGCAGCCUGGCUUUUUUCUUCAGAACCAAUCUCUUCCUUCAGGUGGCUCCAGAUUGGACCCUGCGGGCUCCUUUGUCCCAACCAAUACCAAGCAGGCUCUGUCGAACAUGCUGCAGAGGCGCUCGGGCGCCCUCAUGCAGCCGCCCUCCCUUCAUGCCAUCACGUCACAGCAGCAGUUGAUGCAGAUGAAGCUUUUGCAGCAGCAGCAGCAGCAGCAGCGGCUUCUCAGGCAAGCCCAGACUCGACCUUUCCAACAGGGCCAGCCGGGGGACCAGGCUGCUCUCUUUGCUGCACAAGCACGGCCCUCCCCUCAGCUUCCUCAGUAUCCAGGGCUGCAGCAAGCACAGACAAUGCCCCAGGGCUAUACAAUGUACGGAACACAGAUGCCUUUUCAGCAGACGCCGCAGCAGCAGGCUGGCAGCGUGAUCUUGUCUCCCAGCUACAACUCCAGAGCCUAUCCAGCUGCACAUUCCAACCCUGCACUAAUGGAAAGACUCCGACAGAUUCAGCAGCAGCCGAGUGGCUACGUUCAGCAGCAGGCCUCACCAUACCUGCAGUCCUUGACUGGCUCUCAGAGACUGAACCAUCAGGCUCUACAGCAGAGCCCUCUGGUGGGCGGGGGAAUUGAUGCUGUGCUGACUUCUGCACAUCCCAACCUUCCCUCGGUGCCCCUGCCUCAGGACCCCAUGAGGCCCAGACAGCCGCAAGUCCGACAGCAGCAGAGACUCCUCCAGAUGCAGCAGUCCCAGCAGCCCCCUCAGCCUCAGCAGCCUCCCCAGCCCCAGCAGUCCUCGCAGCCCCAGAGUCAGACCCUUGGUCUCCAAGCAAUGCAGCCCCAGCAGCCUUUGUUUCCCAGGCAAGGCUUGCAGCAGACCCAGCAGCAGCAGCAGACGGCUGCCCUGGUGCGGCAGCUCCAGAAGCAGCUUUCUAGUAAUCAGCCACAGCAAGGAGUGACUCCGUAUGGGCAUCCUUCACACUUCUGAAUCUAGAAGAGGAAAAGACAUGAAGUUUGAUGUCUGCACUGAAAAAUAGAAAAUUGAAUUUAAUUUCAUUUGCCAUCCUUAGACAUGCCCCUUUGUGCUUUCAUUUCUUUGACAUUUUACUAUAUUUUAUGCUACAUUUCACACAAAGGUGUUUCAACAAAAAGCGAAGGAGAAGUUGUGGUUUGAUUUUGUCUCGUUCAACUUUAAAGUAGGUUUAAAAAUGUGGAUCAUACAGGCCUACUCCAGGAAGAGUGUGGUAGCGGACCUUUUGAAACUGGUGCUUUUUUUGAAUCUCAUAUUUACAGGAAGAAUGAAUUAUGGUGGAUUUAAGAUGUUUAUGUAUUUAAUAAUAGUGAAUUUUUGUUUUGUUUUUUCCCUGUGCCGGACCAAACUACUGAUUUGAAAAGUGUGUCAGAUCUUGACGGGAAAGACCCGUUUAUAGUGCAUUCACCUGCAGUGGUGAGAUGGACAUUUAUUUGCAUCAUUCUAGUUGGAAAUGUUUGUAAUUU